GUCAAUAGGCGCUAUUGGCAAUGCAAAGUGUUCCAAGUUGUUUGUAUUUAUGAUUUUCAUCACUAAUUGCUAUGUCAUUACCUAAGCACAUCUUUAAACUAAGCAUUCGGUUCUAUAGUAAGCAACGAAAGAGACCCUUCUUUGACAAGGUCCGCAUACAUGUCCGUGGAGGGGCAGGUGGGCAAGGGUUCCCUAAAUUUGGGGGCAUAGGUGGUCGGGGCGGUGAUGUAGUCAUUAGGGCCACAGAGAAAGCAACCUUCCAAAAACUGGUCGAGAUCACGCCACUAAAAAGGUUCACUGCAGGCUCAGGAGGCAACAGCUCGAAGCAGGUGCUUCUCGGGUAUAACGGGGAGCCUCACAUUGUUCCAGUGCCUCUGGGUGUUACCAUUACAACAGACGAAGGCAGAGUUCUGGGUGACCUAAACAAGGAGGGUGAAGAGGUGGUGGUAGCCAAGGGCGGGGCUCCAGGGGGUCCAGAAAACAACUACACAGGGCUCAAGGGUGAGGCCAUGUCCGUGACCCUUGAUCUCAAGCUGCUUGCUGACAUUGGACUGGUUGGGUUUCCUAAUGCUGGCAAGUCCACAUUUCUGAGUGUGAUAUCCAGGGCCAGUCCCAAGAUUGCCGCCUAUCCAUUCACUACACUUCGUCCACAGAUUGGCGUGAUGGAAUAUGCAGAUUACAGACAGAUCACUGUGGCUGACCUUCCGGGCCUGAUAGAGGGCGCUCACCUCAACUACGGUCUUGGCCACCAGUUUCUGAAGCAUGUAGAACGCACCAAGAUGCUCCUUUUCAUAGUUGACAUCAACGGCUUUCAGCUCAGUGCCAAUCAUGAGGCAAGGACUGCCUUUGAGACUCUACUGCUCUUGAACAAGGAAUUAGAGUUGUACAACAAGGACCUGCUGCACAAGCCUGCUGUGGUGGCCCUCAAUAAGAUAGACACGGACGCCACUGGGGACAUCACCAACAGUGUAGUAGACAGGAUCAAACACCUGCCUGAGUCUCUAUCUGAUGUUGACCAAUCACUUCACCCAGAGACCCUGAUCAAGUUCAGAGAAAUCUACAAAAUCUCCACGCUAGAAGAAAUUAAUAUAGAGACGAUGAAAGGGCGUUUGCGUGCCUGUUUGGAUGUGUUUGCUUCAGAACAGGACAUACGCAUGAAAGAUGAGAGAGUUCUGGACCAGGAACAAGAGAUGAGGAAAAUUGAGAGUGUACAUGGGAAGGAGAGGUUAAAGAAGAAACUUGUGUGAGAUGUAGUUGUCAAAAUGCACUAGGACAGAUUUUAUAUGAGCCUUGUUCUAAAAAGUGGGGUUAAUGAAUGUGCGUUAAGUGUCAUCCCAGAUUAUCCUGUGCCAUCCGCACAGGCUAAUUAAUCAGGAACGACACUUUCCGCCUAAACUUGAUUUUCGGUAAGGAGGGACUUCCUUGAAACUUAAAAUACCAUAAAAGUGGAAAGUGUUGUCCCUGAUGAGCCUGUGUGGACUGCACAGGCUAAUCUGUGACGACACUUUAUGCACAUGCAUUAUGCCCAGUUUUCUCAAAACGCGCCUCAUAUAAUCAUUAGGUGUUCCUUUUUGAUUUCUAAGACCUAGGGAAGGAUUGUGUAAAAUGAGUGUUAUUGUGUAUUAUCUGUACACUAUAUGUGACUUUGUAAUUAAUGAGAAUGUGUUAUGGCAUGCUUGCAGUGAUGGGGGCUGCGUAAAAUGGAUAAUACCGUCUUAUAUUGAGUUAAUACCCAACUGCAUAGUGGAAAGAUUGAAAAAUGAUGUAUUAUUGCUGAAUGUUCAAAAUGAGUAAUACUUUCAUGAAGUGUAUAAGACAUAAUUAAUGGUGUAAAAUUAAUAUGAUUGUGACAUUGUCAUGUACAUGUAGCUUACCUGUGAAAAUGUCAUGUACAUGUAGCUUACCUAUUUGUUAUUGCCAUCACAGUUCAGCAGUUAGGGUCAGAGAUGGUAGGUCUGGGCCAGCAUAGCCCUCUUGUCGUUUGGUUGUGAUUUAUUCUGUCAAUACAUGUACAGAUGCUUUGAAUGAGCAAGGAAUUUUUAUGAUGUCCUCUAUUAUCGGUUUGUUAAAAAUUCUAUAAUUGUUCAUUGUUUUAUAUAUUAUAUAUAAUAGAUCUGCAGAUAGUU